GAAGGCUGUCAAGCUGUCUGGGUGUGAGCAAGCACCCUCUAGUGGAGCUGCUGACAAGCUGCAGAGCUUCUGUCUGUUUCUAACCAUCAGCAUUUCAAGAGGUCUAUGGUCCAGCGCUGAGCAGAGACCAUGUGGUGUUUGGAGCUGCUCUUACCACUGCUGUUGAUCAUUAAAGAUGCCAGUUGCCAGUGGAAUGUCUGGGUACCUCGGGACAUCUCGGCCAUGACAAACUCCUGUGUGGUCAUCCCGUGCACCUUCAUGUAUCCGUCUGGCAUCAGGCCGUACCGUGGCAUUCACGGUAUCUGGUACUUUGGCCAGCCGUAUCCCCAGCUCUUUCCUCCUGUUGUCUUCAAAACACGUACAGACAUCGUGCACGAGAGCUACAAGGGCCGCACCAAGCUGUUGGGUGAUCUGCACCAGAGGAACUGCACUCUGCUCAUCAACAACAUCGGCACAGAACACUCAGGGAGAUACUACUUUCGUGCUGACCUUGGUGGAGCCAACAUGUAUACAUUCCCGGACUUCGCUGAGCUCAAAGUUCUGGAUCAACCCAACAUUGACGUCCCAGAGGAGAUUGUGAGCGAUGAAAAUCUGGAGCUGACAUGCUACGCUCCAGACAACUGCCCCGACAUGACUCCAGAGAUCCAGUGGAUGUACACCGACUACCUGCCCAACCCGGAGUUCAGCUCUGACUACCUGGAGGAGAGCAACACAGCGGUACUCUCCAGCACCAUGACCUUCACACCCAGACCCAUGCACAAUGGGCAGCUCCUGGGCUGCAGGGUCUACUACCCCAACACCACACUGGUCUAUGAGAGGCUCAUCUCUCUGGAUGUCAAGUACCCCCCACGCUCUGUUUGGGUAAACGUGUCUUCGGAGGUGAUGGAGGGCAGCUCUGUGAUGCUGCACUGCGAGGUGGACAGUAACCCUGCUCCCAGGAUCUCCUGGAUGUUUGGAGACCAAGAGCUUCUGUGGGACACAGCGUCCAACGUCUCCCUUUCUCUGGACGAUGUGACACCUGCGCAGGAGGGAAUCUACACCUGCAUCGGGGACAAUGGCUACGGCAUCAUGAACACUUCACUGUACCUAGCUGUCAAGUACCCUCCCCGUGAGCCCACGGUAAAUGAGUCUAUGACCAUACUAGAGGGAACUUCACUGGCCUUGCACUGUAGCACCCAGGGCAGCCCGGCCCCAACCCUCACCUGGCUUAAGGAUGGGGAGCUUGUGGGAACCAUCACUGCUGAUGAGCUGUCGGUGCUGGAGAUUGUAGAGAUCACACCGCAGGGAGAUGGACAGUACCGCUGCCUAGCCGAGAAUGAGCACGGAAGAGCCAGUAGCUCCCUUAACAUCACUGUGGAGUAUGCCCCAGUCCUUUUGGAGGAGUCAAAGUGCACUGUGGUGAGGGAGGGUGUCCAGUGUGUUUGCAUGGCCACAGGAAACCCUGAACCCACCAUUGAGUUCUACCUGCCCGACUUUAACGUCACCAUCAACGAAACAGAUGGCCGAUACAAUUUCUACACGCACACAGACGGACACACCUCCACGGGCAUGAUCAAACUACGGGAGAAGGGAGAGCGGGUCGACAACGGCCCUGCCGUCAACGUCCACUGCAGCAUCUCCAACAUGUACGGAAGAGAGAGUGUACACCUGGAGCUACAGCAGGAGAAAAAAUACAUGAUGGCAGUUAUAGUUGGCACCAUUGGAGGAGUGGCAGUCAUAGCCUUCAUCAUUGCAGCAGUGAGAUACGUCGGCCACAACAACAAGAAAGAGAAUGGCAACCCUAGGCAGGACGUGGUCCUGGAGAACCCAGCUUUGUACUACAGCGCAGUCAAGAAGGACAAACAUAAUCUGAGGAAGAAAGUGCUUAAGACAGAGCUGUUGGGCUCAAAGUUUAACUCCAUUCUAGAGGAGACUACGGGAGAAGACGGGGAUUAUCCACCUGUGGGCUCUAUGGCAGGACUGGAGAGGCAAGAGCUGAAUUAUGCUGCACUGGAGUUUAUCGGGGCCAGGUCCAGAGAGGGGGCCUCAGGGAGGGGGGAUGACGGCAGCAACUACACGGAAAUCAAAGCCAAAUGAAUCGCGAUCCUUCCCUGAUCCCUCGGCUAUGCGAGACGCAGUGGCAGCCCUGACGCAUCUGCCCCAUAAACUGUGUAAUAACCCCCCUUCCUCUACUGGAUUUCACCCUGCAUAUGAUGACUCCUUGUCUUUCAUUUCCUCAGAUUUGUCACAUAUAAUGUAUCACUCCAUGCCAGUACUCCCCCACCACACUCAUGCCUCCCCUCCUCCAUGGCCCCUUCAGAUGCCAUCAUUUGGGAAAACUGGUACUUUUUUGGGUCAGAGCAUGGCCCACUGGACAAUGUAAAAGAAAUGAUUUAAAUUUCUGGCCUCACUUGUAGUACACAGGCUCUAAAACAUGCAGUGUUAACCAGCGACCAUGUUUUCGUUGCUCUCAUUAUGGUUGCUGAUGUUAUAUUUGCUCUACAUCUGUCACUCGUAACUGUCACUGUGUCUGCUGCCAGUCGAAGCAUCAGGGCAAGGGGUAACAGCGCUUUUUGUUCUCUUUAUAUUUAAGUGUGUCUAUCAGCUGAGAGCAAACCUCUCCUCUGUUUCCUUUGGUUAAUUACUUCCCCAGAAGAAACACAUCUCAGCAUCUUCUUUUCACAUAAUUGUAUUUAGCCUCACAUUAUAUAUGAAAAAAAAAAGAGAUGUCACCAUCCCUUUUGAUAAUAAUUGAAGAGGUUUUGUAGUGGUACACUGUCCAGUGCUGAAAAAUGUCACAGCUUCCUUUCAGCAUUUUCCGGUCUACUGUAGAAUGAGUUUUUUGGCAAUGUCCUGCACUGUGGCCAAUGCAAAAUGUCUGUCUAGCUCUCUGAAUGAUCUGGAAAAUACAGACCUAAAGCACAACAUACCUGCGAACGAGCGGCCAAAAAAAAAAAGUUAUCUCUUUUAGACAAUGCGUGUGUGUAUGCGUGAGUGUUCAAAUCGUGCUGAAAGAUCAUAGGACACUGAUCACUGGGGUCUUCGAGAAGUUUGAGCGUCACUUCACUUGAUUAAGUUGAUGCUUUCGUCUCACAGAGUUCCAUCACGUGUUUGAAUGACCAAAAAAAAAAAAAAAAUGAUGCUGACAAGCCAGUUCGUUGUGUUAUUCAAAGACAUUUGAUGAACCUGUGAUGUAAUAUCAAAGCGCAUUAAUACUCUAACUUGAUAAUGAUGGUGUCAAUAAUAUAUAUAUUAAUAAGAUGUAUAUUGAUAGGUAAAGGGAUGUCAGUAUGUACAGUAAAUACCCUGCAUGACUGUUUGCCAGCAGGUACACAUAUAUGUAUUUAAUUAUGGAUAAAAGCCAGCGUGGGAAGUAAAAACAGACUUGUCACACAUCAUUCAAACACUUUUGACUGAACACUGUCUUAAUAUGAGCUUAGUAAAACUGUACCAGUCUCUACUGUAGUGUGCACUGUAGUCAAAUCAGAGGCUAUGUUUAGAUGCAGAGAGUAACCUUGUUAUUGACUGUGAUUGCGGUUGAUUUAAAGUAUAAUACCUGCUGUUGUUAAUCUAUCUUUUCUAUUAACCAUUAAAAGGGAUCUCCAGCAAUUUAGUAGUGCACUUCCAUUAAAUUGACAUUCACAAGAGACAGAAUUUUGAAAAGAAUGGUCAAAAUCAAAGCAGCAGAAGAUGCAGAUGGUCUGAUUUUUAGUCCACAGUAUGUGCAAAGUUCCAAACCCACUGGAGCCUACGUUUCCCAUAAUGCAACCAAUUGCAUCUUUUUUUGUUAUUUUUUUUAUUGUUUUGUUUUUUUUUAAUUUUCACUUUCAUUCAUUUUCAUAUGUAGUGAAAAAGCAAAUUGAUAUUUAUGGUGUAUUGUAUGUUGGAUUAACAAUGUAAGUCACGAUAAGCAUUUUGUUGUCUAAAUGAAUCAUGCAAAACAAUUACCUUUGACUUUCCAAGAUCAGUGUGUUGAUCAUCAAAUAUGCAACUUGUCCACUGUUUUUUUCUCCUCCUACCUUGACAGACAUUGUUACACUGUACUGAUGUUGAUAGAAGUGGAAAGUAAAAUCCAGCAAGAGACGUGCAAUGAUCUCUUCUUGAAGAAUGAAAUUACUUUUGAUACACCUGCUCUGACUAAGGCUUUAUAAAUGUAUGUUAUGAAAGAACGCCGUACUGUGGCAGUCUCAUUUUAAAUGACGGAUUAAGUUCAUCAAGGCACAAGUGUGUCUCUGUGUUUCUAAUUGGUUUUACAAUCAGUAGGAGUACAAAAUACAGCAAAGGCCUCUGACUGCUAACUGCUAACGCCAUGUAUACAUUUCAUAAGCAGCAAUAUAACAGCAGAAUCUGUUCACACAAACACAAAUAAAUCUCUCUGCCGAAAUGCCAGUUGAAUAAACCAUGUUGAUGAAGCCUCAUCUUUCUUAGACAGAGCUAUGAAAGAUGAUAAGGAUACUAUCUUUUGUCUGACAUCAAAACAUACACAUAAUGCUGUGCAAGUCUUGGGUGUGAAAUGAGAUCUUUCUCACUGGAUGCUCAUCAGUGUUGGUAAUAAUACAUUAUAAAGUCAUUAUCUAUUGGCAUAACAUCUUUAGGAAGAAUUCCCUUGUCUUAUCCUCCCUCAAGUCAUGUUAAAAAUUAAACGUGUAGACAAAUGAGCCAACUUUGUGUUGAAUUAGACAGAGAAAUGUACUAGUACAAAAUACAAAAACCUAGGUACCAGGGAUUUUGAGUGUUCUUUACACACUCCUAGAUAAAACCAGGUUAGAAAUGCAGUUCUCUGUGUGUGUGUAAACUGGCUAUUCUUACUGAUAUUAUCCUUUUAUUAAGACACUGUUCUGUCAACUCAAUGAUGAUGGAUUCCAGAUAUGCUGGCUAGCAUUCUUAAAUUACCUGUAUGCACAAAGUCAAUAACCAGUUCCUCUCUUUGAACGCCUCAUGGUUAUUAUUAUUAUUUUUUAAUUUCAUUUUGGUUUAAAGUAGAAAUAUCAAAUACGUCUUAGCUAAUCUUUUAUCGCAGUGUGUUAUGAAGCACCGAUGUAUGUGCAGGUGAACAUAAUUAUCAUGAUGGAGAUUUUGUUUUCUACAUACAGGAUUGACACAGUCAUUUAGAUCAGGGUUUUGCAGUCUCUCUGCAAAUUAGCACUGUUACUUAAUGGAAGUACGAUUUCUGCAAUGGUGUAGUUUGCUUGCUCUUUUAUUUUAAACAAGUCUUUUCAUGCCUCAAGCAAAAUUCAUCUGUCUUCAGUUCCAACAUAAAUAAAAUAAAAACAACAUGAAAUGCAAA